GCACGCCGAUACGCGCGUUCCCGGCCUCCUGCGCAGACAGCCGGUGCAGGACGAGAGAGAGAGAGAGAGAGAGGGAAGGAAGGAGGGAGAGAGCGAGUGAGGACUCUGCUAUCACUAGUGACAGUAAACGGCAGCGAGCUCGUCUAUGGAGAGGAGCGGAUGCGACAAGAUGCUGUGCGUCGCCUUGCUCUGCGUGUGCGCCUUCGGCUGCGUCUCCGCGCGCUCGGACAGCGGGAAUUUUUUGGAUGAUAAGUGGCCCGCGGGGAGAUGGGACAAAUUCAGAGAUGAGCCCGGAACAUGGACUCCCACCAAAAGCUUUGAUCAAGGCCUCGAUCCAACCAAAGACCCUUGUCAGAAGAUCAAAUGCAGUCGCCACAAGGUGUGUGUGUCCGAGGAUUACAAGACGGCCACUUGCGUCAGCCAGAGGAGAGUUAGUUUUAAAGACGACAACUUGUACCAGAACCCCAGGUCCCGGUGCACCCCCUGCCCGGUGGUUCACCCGUCUCCCGUGUGUGGAACCGACAGCCACACCUACUCCACCAAGUGCAAGUUGGAUUACCAAGCCUGCAUCAGCGGAAAGAAGAUUGCUGUGAAAUGUCCCGGCAUGUGUCCUUGUCCCACUCGCUCUAAAGACAGGAGUGCAGAAAAGAGAGUGUGCUCCGAGUUAGAGCUCAAGGAGGUGGUGAGCCGACUGAGAGACUGGUUCCGAGUCUUGCAUGAGAACGGCAACCACAAGAGGGUGAAGAUCCAAAAAACAGAGAAGAACAAGUUCGAGAUGCUCGCCUCACCGCUGUGCAAGGAUCCUCUGGGGUGGAUGUUUUCCCGCCUGGACACCAACUUUGACCUUCAGCUGGACCAAUCAGAACUCAAGAGUCUUUACCUGGACCGGAACGAGCCAUGUUCGGAUGCCUUCUUCAAAUCCUGUGACACACACGGCGACAAAGUGAUCAGCAGCUCUGAAUGGUGCACAUGCUUCCAGAGAUACGCAGACUCCCCUUGUAAAGCAGAGCUCUCCAGCAUCAACAGAAAGCAGGCAGGGAAGAAGCUGCUCGGUCAGUAUUUGCCGUCAUGCGAUGAAGACGGCUUCUACAGGUCCCAUCAGUGCCACAGCAGCAGCGGCCAGUGCUGGUGCGUGGAUCGCUAUGGCAACGAGGUGGCUGGCUCUCGUACCCACGGACCGGCCGACUGUGGUGUGAUUUUGGAGUCGUCUGGCGACAUGGCUAGCGGCGACUCCGUUUUCACCGACGAUGAUGAGGAUUCCUUCGUCAUUAACGAUCAAGCUGGACUGGAUGAUGAGGACGAUGAAGACGAGGAGGACGACGAUGACGAUGAAUAUCUGUCAUAAUUUGAAAACAAAAGGAAAAAAAAAAAAAGCAGAAACUCUUUGUUUUGUUCAAAGUGCACGUUUCUAGGUGACUCCCCGGGCCGACCGUUCCACCUGAAGCCCACGGACUCUCUGUGUCUUUGUUCAUCAGUUUAAAACAAGAAGAAGAAGAAAAUAUUCCUGGCAAAAGUUUUGGAGUCAUGUCCCAACAUCUAGGACAUGAAAAGGACCCGACGGUCUCAAACAUUUUCAUCGGACAGCCCAUGUGUCCUAGUAUCCUGUCUUUGUGCAGCGUUCUGAUGCUUGAGUAUGUUGAUGCCUGAGGCGAAGAGUUUAAAGAGACCCGCUCCUCCUUCCGUCGUCCUCCCCGUCCCCUGCUCCUCAGCUACUUGCCCGCUGCAUAGGUGGGAUGCCGGCCAUGUAGAUAAGACGAUAUUUCACGCUUUUGUUUGAGCUGAGGUUUUUACUGUAACUAAAAUUGUGUGUACGAACAAGAUAAGAGUUAGACAUGCUUCAUUAGGAGGAUUAAUGCUACACGGUUGGAUUACAUUCCAGUCCGACAAGAUUGCAUUUUUAUUAAAGAUAAGACGACAGAUUAUUCCUCAUGCACAAAUAUAUAAAUAUAGCAGGAGCGGAUUAUUAUCUCCAUUUUAAUCCAUUGUUGGGCGAACGUGGACGAUGAAACAGAUUGGGUGCAGCAUGUCUAACGCUGUUGUUUCACUCUUGUGGAACUGAAAAAAAAAAAAAAACAUUGUAGCUUGAGGUCGACAACGGCCGCAGGCAUGUACAGAUAAUCUUAAACUGCAUCGCUAUAAACUGCUCGAGCCACAUGAUGUGUGUGAUCUAAAAAAAAUAUAUACCGAUGUUGACAGUGUCAGAGAGAUUAAAGAAAGCCUCAUCAUCAGCAGAGUAGUUAAAUGUUAAGGCUUGUGUUCGGGGUGGCUUAGCGUGACCGAGGCACAGAGUGGAACAGAGCAAACCUCUCGCACUGUCAUGAAUUUUUUCGGAAGGUCCAGUGGAAAAGGUGGAGGUUAUAAGGUGUGCCUUUUAUUGUGAGCACAGAGGAAGUAGCACAGUAACUGGACAAAACAGGGCUGUUCGCGGUGGCUGGACAGUGUUUGGUUUCAAAAUGCAAUUGAGAAUCAGUGCUCAGAGAGGUGCGUCCUAUCAAGAGCGACUUCCAUCACCUGAGGAAUCCAACGCAAGUGCAACUGGUCCUGAAUCACCAUUUUAGCAGCUUCUAGCCUCUGAGUUAAGGUGUAUCAAAGCAGGGUUUAAAAGAUACAGUAGUGAUGGGCAGAUGAGGCGUCAUGAAACAGUACUGCAGGGUUGAUGAAACAGUGUCCUUAUUUUCAGAGGCCACAAGUUGGCGCUCUUUGUUUAGACAAAAUGAUGUGAGGUUUCACUGGAUUAGUUGUACAAGUCCAAAUAUUUUAAAGCAGACAGCGCCAUCUGGUGGCCUCUGAAAAUCAGGACACUGUUUCAUGAAACCUCAUCGACCCUUCAAUAGUGUGUCGUGAAACCUCGUCGACCCAUCACUAGAAACAGCUAAUACAGCACUGAUAGGCAAAAAACAAUGUGAGUUUAGUCCAAACAUGUUUUUAUCUCAUAAGAAAAAGGCUGGUUCUCAAUUGAAUAAACACCACGCUGUAUUUUUAGGCUUGGGUGGUUUGUUUUGGCUUGUGUGUUCCUCUUAUAAAACUGUUCUAUAGUUCAAACCUAUUUGUUGCAUAGAAUGUAGAGAAGCACAGAAAAACUCGAGGCAAAACAAGUCGCUAGUUUGGGUACUGGCUUUGGUUUGGUCAGCCAUCUGUGGAAAUAAGAAAAGCUGUGAGAGAUUUUGCUCGGUCGGCCUGUACCCGAUCUGCAUAAGGUUUAUACCUGGAUUUUAGCUCAGUUGCACAUUUGUGGAUUCUGUAGCGUUUUUGUGACUUUACAUGCAGACCUGGGACCAGAUUUGCUCACUCUUUGACAGUCUCUUUGCUGGGCUUUACUUUUUUUUUAAACAUCACUUGAAAAUCCAUGUAAAAAGUGCCAUCUUCUUCAAUAACACUUUUAUUCUCCAUAGUUUCUUUUCGCCAUGGAUUUUUACUUUCUUUUUCAAACUUGAGCUUUCUGAAGCUCUUCAAUCUGUUUUGCUUCAUGAGCGUGAUGUACGUUGUUUUGAAGACCUCUGACACUGUAGCCGCUCUCUGAACCGACCCCACAGUCAUCACACCUCUGAUCGUGCUCAAAGGUUAUGAUACUGAUGCAUUUUUUACAGUGUAUGUAUAAUUUGCUGAAAUAAAAGCUAUAUUGACCAAC